UCAACCCUAGCGGCUGAGGGCGGUCCCGCCCAUCACGUUCCAGCGAGCCGGAGCCCGAUGGGCUUGCGAGCCGCUGCGGUUGAGCUGCGGUGCCCGCCGGUGUGCAGGCGGGGGGCGGCGGCUGGGCGGCCUCAUGAGCGCACGACAGAGAACUCUCUUCCAGACAUGGGGCCCGAGCCUGGUCCUCGGCACCGACGCUCGGCGCUGCGGCUCGGGAGCGCAGCCGCCUCAGGGCCCCGAGAGCGGCCCGGCGGGUUCGUCUACCGCGGCGGAGGCGCGGCCGGAGGCGGACGACGAGGUGCUGCUGGUCGCAGUGUACGAGGCAGAGCGGCAGCUGCGUGUGGAGGACGGCGGCUUCUGCGCGGCCGCGGGCGCCCUGUGGAUCUACCCCACCAAUAGGCCGGUGCGCGACUACCAGCUGCGCAUCUCGCGCAGCGCGCUGUUCUGCAACACCCUGGUGUGUUUGCCCACCGGGCUGGGCAAGACCUUUAUCGCCGCUGUGGUCAUGUACAACUUCUACCGCUGGUUCCCUUCGGGCAAGGUGGUUUUUAUGGCACCCACGAAACCCUUGGUGACACAGCAGAUGGAGGCUUGCUACCAGGUGAUGGGUAUUCCGCAGUCGCACAUGGCUGAAAUGACAGGUUCUACUCAAGCUGUCAGCAGGAAGGAAACAUGGAGCAGCAAGAGAGUCCUCUUCCUUACACCCCAGGUCAUGGUAAACGACCUGACUAGAGGAGUUUGUCCUGCUGCUGAUAUACGAUGUCUCGUGGUUGAUGAAGCUCACAAGGCUCUUGGAAACUAUGCUUAUUGCCAGGUUGUAAGGGAACUGGUCAAAUAUACAAAUCACUUUAGAAUCUUGGCUCUUAGUGCCACACCAGGUAGUGAUAUCAAGGCUGUGCAACAGGUUAUUACUAACCUACUCAUUGGGAAGAUAGAGCUUUGUUCGGAAGAUUCUCCAGAUAUUUUGCCAUAUUCGCAUGAAAGACGAGUUGAAAAGAUCAUUGUUCCCCUUGGUAAAGAGCUUGUAGCCAUCCAAAAAACAUAUGUCCAGAUCUUGGAAACAUUUGCAAGUUCAUUGAUUGAGAAGAAUGUUUUAAUGAGAAGGGAUAUCCCCAGCCUAACAAAAUACCAGAUAAUUCUGGCAAGAGAUCAGUUUAGGAAAAACCCAUCUCCAAAUAUUAAGGGAAUACAGCAAGGCGUGAUUGAGGGGGAGUUUGCCAUUUGUAUUAGUUUAUAUCACGGUUUUGAGUUACUGCAGCAAAUGGGAAUGAGAUCAUUGUAUUUCUUCCUUUCUGGAAUUAUGGAUGGAACUAAAGGAAUGACACGGGCAAAAAAUGCACUUAACCGAAAUGAGGACUUCAUGAAACUCUAUAAUCACCUGGAGAGUCUGUUUGUACACGUGCAUGGCACUUCAGCAAGCGAUGGCCCUGCCUGCCAAAGAGGAGAUAAAGAGAAAACAUUUGUCUAUAGUCAUCCAAAGUUAAAGAAAUUGGAAGAAGUUGUAGUUGAACAUUUCAAGUCAUGGAAUGCUAAACACACCACUGAAAAGAAAUGUCAUGAGACCAGAGUUAUGAUCUUCUCUUCAUUUCGAGACAGUGUUCAAGAAAUUGCAGAAAUGCUUGUACAGUAUCGGCCAAUGAUUAGAGUCAUGACUUUCGUUGGCCAUGCUUCAGGGAAAAGCACAAAAGGUUUCACCCAGAAGGAGCAGCUGGAGGUGGUGAGACAGUUUCGUGAUGGAGGUUAUAACACCUUGGUUUCUACCUGUGUUGGUGAAGAAGGUUUGGAUAUAGGGGAAGUUGAUCUUAUAAUCUGUUUUGAUGCCCAGAAGAGCCCAAUUCGUCUCAUACAACGAAUGGGAAGAACUGGUCGGAAACGUCAAGGCAGGAUUGUUGUUAUCCUCGCUGAAGGACGUGAAGAACGUACAUAUAAUCAGAGUCAGUCCAACAAAAAGAAUAUUUAUAAAGCUAUUUCAGGUAACAGACAGGUGCUUCAUUUUUACCAAGGAAGUCCACGAAUGAUUCCUGAUAAAAUCAAUCCAGAAUUACACAAGAUGUUCAUCACACCUGGUGUUUAUGAGCGAGAGAAGCCUUCUCGGAGUCGAAAGUUCUCUCUCUUUUCCUCCAAGGAUGGAAUGAAGCCAAGUAACUCAUAUAAAGAUGGACUCUUAUCAGAAGAAGAAUUUAAAUUAUGGAACAGACUCUAUCGAUUACGGGACAGUGAUACAAUUAAAGAAAUAACAUUGCCUCAAGUUCACUUUCCAUCUUUACAGGACAAGGAAAACAGACCAACUCAAGAACCAACUACUGGAAUUCAUCAACUCUCUCUCUCUGAAUGGAGAGUGUGGCAAGAUCACCCUUUACCCACCCAUCAAGUUGACCAUUCAGAUCGCUGCUACCAUUUUAUAAGUGUUAUGCAAAUGAUGGAAGGAAUGAGACAUGAAGAGGAUAAAUGUAGCUAUGAAUUGAAAAUUAAACCUUAUUUACAAAUGGAAGACAUCAGUUCAACAUUUUGCACUCCCAGGUGUGGAUAUAAUAGUGUAGCCAAUGGCCUCAGUAUUACCCACAAGAAAUCUUCAUUUGCACAGAAGGUGAAUCAAGACAGUUCAUUAUUAGUGUCAGAAUCGGAUGGACAGUGUGCUGAGCUUUUUACAGAAACUCAUACCAAGUGCACUAAAAUCACUUCUCUAAUGGAAAAAGCUUCUAAAGAAAUGGAAGAAGACUGGCCUGAUACAGAAAACGAUAAUGCGGGUUGUUCAGGCUCUGGCCGACAUCCUCCUGUGGAAGCUGUUUCUCAGGUUGACCCACUGAGUGACAGAAGGAUGGCAGGAACAAGUAGAGUUGCUGCCACAGAUACUGUCAAGGAAGAUGUUGUUACCCAUCCAGACUCCUUGCUAAUGGAGUGUCAGGUUACAGAUAAAUCCAGCUCAUUUGCUAGAAAGUCCUUAGAUUCUGGUUAUAGUAGUUUCAAUGAUGAGAAAUCUGUUUCUUCACAUUGGUUUCUGCCAUUUGAAGAAGAGCUUUAUGCAGAUAGAACAGAUGGACAGUGUGAUGAUUGUUCUUCAUUGACAGAAGAAGUAGUAGCUAAUGUGGAGAGAUUUCUAGCACAUUCUCCUCCACCUCUCAGUCAACUCUCAGACUUGGAGCAUGAAAUUACUGAGAUUUUUGAACUUGAGAAUGUGUCCUGUGUACCAUAUGCAGUGCAUGUAGAAAAUCCUAAAUUCCCUUCUCUGGUGUCAAAUUCUGCUGUGAAUUCCCCCCAAAAUUUAGAAUUGGAUUCACUUAAACUUGUUAAUCAUAGUUCUGAAAAACGUCUUGUUACAACUGAAGAGACGAUUUCUCAUGAGCCCUACUUCUGUGACUCUGAUAAGAUUCAUAAUGAUACUAAGAAUGAAAAUUUAGUAUGUAGCAAUGACACUCAAAUACAUAUAGACCCUACAAAGAAUUUGGUUGAGAGAAAAAGCCGUAAUGAUGACAGUGACGUCCCAGCACCGACUGAUCAAGAGGAGAGUUUACUGCUAUUUGAAGAUGAUAUUGAAGAGUUUAAUGAUGUGAGCCUUUCUCCCUUCAAGAGUGAUUAUAAACCUCUGUUGGUGUCAGAUAAAAAUCUUGUAAGUGAAAUGGCUCCAGUGUCUCAGUUCUUAAUUUCUGAUGAACUUUUGUUUGUUGAUGAUUCUGAACCUGAAGAUCAAAUCAUCGGCGAUACCGAGAGUUGGAAAUCUCAUGAAGAGCUGAAAGAAAAACGAGGAGGAUGGAAGAGUGAUGAGCAUUCCUUUGAUUGCUCUAGGGAUUUAUUUUCUGUAACCUUUGACUUGGGAUUUUGUGGUUCAGAGUCUGAUGAUGAAAUAAUAAAGCAUGCGUCAGAUACAAUUAAUAGUAAAGGAGUAGAUGAUGUACCUGGAAGGCCUUCAGAUACCAAGGAGAUGAAGAAUGCCAGUGAUGCUUUAGAUCUGCCAAGAGAUCACACUGAAGCCUUUACCAGUGGGACCACACCCAUGCCGACCACAGUUCACAUGCAGAGUCCACAUUCUGCACAUUUUACCCUGGGAGCAGCAAAGAGUAAAGCACUUACGUCUACUCAUUUCUCCCCAUUUUUCUUGCCAAUGCAGGAAAAAGUUAUGAGUACACCAAUCUCUAAAUCAAACAGAUUAAACUUGUGUUCUAAGAAACGAGAGGGACUACUUAAGACUCCAGAUUCUAAAAAGGAGAAAGCAAGUGUACAAAGCUUCAAAGAAACAUGGAGUUCAAGUUUUGGCUUAGGAUUUCCUAACAAAAUCAGUGAUCAACUCUCUCUGCCUCAAUCCAGUCAUUGCACUGAAGAUGAGCACUUAAGUAGUGAAAGUGAAGAUGAUGAGAUUUUCUUAAGAAAAUCUAAAAAAACAAAAAGAAAUGUCCUGAAAUCCCCUGAGGAUCAGAAAAACAGUGAAGUUGAUUCACCUAUUCAUGCUGUAAAAAAGUCCAGGGUUCUUCGAAAAGAAUUAUCAUCUAGUGAUGAAGGUGAGAAUUUUCACAGACCAUGUCCACAAAUGGAAGACUUCAAGAGUUGUAACAGGAAUGCCGGAAGAGGUUUCAAAGUUCAAAAGAGACCAAGUUAUGUAAAGAACAUAGCUCGGAAGUUUUUAGAUGAUGAAGCAGAACUUUCUGAAGAAGAUGCGGAAUGUGUUUCAUCAGAUGAGGAUGAGUCAGAAAACGAGCAGGAUUCCUCACUACUUGACUUUGUAAAUGACCAGACGCAGCUUUCCCAGGCUGUCAAUGAUUCUGAAAUGAGAGCUAUUUACAUGAAAUCUAUACGUAGUCCAUUGAUGAGCAAUAAGUACAAAAUGGUUCAUCAGAAAUAUAACGACCUGAACAUUUUUUCACAGAUUCCUGAACAAGAUGAAACCUACUUAGAGGAUAGUUUCUGUGUUGAUGAAGAGGAGUCUUGCAAAAGCCAAUCAGGAGGAGAAGAAAUUUGUGUUGAUUUUAACUUAACUGAAGAUUCCUUUACAAAUGAGAAUAUAAGAUACAAAACCCGACGAGCAGUAAAGCUAAAACAAAUGAGCGUUAACCAAAACUGUAUGCAGUCAAAAAAGAAAUUAUCCAGAAUUAUUUUACCAGAUGAUGAUUCAAGUGAGGAGGAAAACAGUGUAAAGGAUAGAAAAGAAUCUAGCCCUGAGGGUAGCCCCAGGACUAAUAAACACAAACAGCAGGACCAGUAUUGUAAUUUAGGACCUUCCGGAUCUUCAUUCCAGUCCAAGGUCCUUUCUAACUCAGCAGUAAAUCAGUCACCCACACAGGGACAACAGACAGUACUUAAUUUGGUGAAUACAGUUCCUCCAGUCUUGAACUUCAAGCCUCAGAGCCGUAAGAAACUCAAAUCUACAUCAUUGUCAUGCACCAGUGUCGAGUCGAGAACAGAACAUGGAAAAUGUCCAGUUCAGUUGAAGGUUGAUGAUCUGGAGGACCAUGGCACCUCAGGGACACCCUGUUCUAACUCACCACCACAUUUGGCUGAAGCACAUACAGCCCUUAGACUUCCACAAGCAGGAAAAAGAGCUUGUAUUCUUGUAGACAGUCGUGAAAUCACUUCUGGCUUAGAAGUGAUUUCUUCCCUAAGAACAGUUCAUGGGUUACAAGUAGAGGUUUGUCCUCUUAAUGGCUGUGAUUACAUUGUGAGUAACCGUAUGGUAGUGGAAAGGAGGUCCCAGUCUGAGAUGUUAAGUAAUGCCAAUAAGAACAAGUUCAUCGACCAGAUCCAGCACCUACAGAGCAUGUUUCAAAGAAUAUGUGUGAUUGUAGAAAAAGACAGAGAAAAAGCAGGAGACACAUCAAGGAUCUUUAGAAGAACAAAGUGCUAUGAUAGUCUGCUGACCACCUUAGUUGGUGCUGGAAUCCGGAUUCUUUUCAGCUCUGGCCAAGAAGAAACUGCAGAUUUACUAAAGGAGCUGUCUUUAGUGGAACAAAGAAAGAAUGUUGGUAUUCAUGUUCCAGCAAUGCUGAAUAGCAGUAAAUGUGAGACACUUCAGUUUUAUUUAAGUAUUCCCAAUAUAAGCUAUAUAACUGCAUUAAAUAUGUGCCACCAGUUUUCAUCUGUGAAAAAGAUGGCUAACAGCUCACCUGAAGAAAUCUCCACUUAUGCACAAGUAAAUCCUCAAAAGGCUGCAGAGAUCUAUGGAUAUAUUCACUACAUAUUUGACAUGCAAAUGUUACCAAAUGAUCUUAACCAGGGUAGACUGAAAUCUGAUUCAUGAACAAGUGCUUAAAGUGCGGCUAUCAAAGAACUCUCACAAUACCAAGUGCACUUCAAUCAUUGUAGCUUGUAAUUACCAGUUUAAAAUAUGUAAAUAAGUAUUUCCAUAUCUGUUAAAGAUACCAUUUUAUAUUGUGUACAUUUAUUUAUACAGACUGUAUAAUUUAUUUUUAAAAAAGUAAAUCUUUGAUGUUCCAUAAUCACUUUGACUAGAUUAUGAAUCAAGUUUUUAAUUGAAUAAAUCAAGGUUGUGGGAAAGGUGCUGUUGAAUAUAGUUUAAGUAUUAAAGUCAGUCAAGGCCUGGGGAAAUGGCUCAAUGGUUAAGGACACU